CUGCACCUGUCUAUAAAUUGCAGCUCUCCCCUGACUUGUGAGGACACUGGCCCCCAGGCUAACGGGAAGCGUGCCAAGUGCCUCCACACACAGUCUCUCCACACACACACUUACCAAAACUGAAAAAUCUGUCCUUUCUUAAGGCCUAAAUUUUUGUCCAGAAAAAUACCCUAAUAAAAUACUUCAAUGUGGAGAGCUAGAAGAAUUCUUCCGACGCCUGCGCCUCAAAGAAUAUUUCCACAACCGAACUGAACCCACUCCCUACAGCAACUCAUCCUCUGACAACAUUCAGGAAAGGAUCAAUGCCAAAAAGCCCCAAAAAACAUCAGAUUGGACACCUCGCAGUGGACGAAACCCUAACCUUGACCGCUACAUUGACUGCUUCAGGGAAAGAAUGAACAAUGAAAUAAUCAGCAACGCGCCACCACAACAGCCUCUUUCCACCAGAGAAAAAGGCCACAGAAUCUCUAAGAUCCGACCACCAAACAGUAAUAAAACCAGCAGAUAAAGGAGGAGCCAUAGUCAUCCUAAACCGUGAGGAUUACAUAAAGGAAGCCAAGAGACACCACCUACUACAAAGAACUACAAGAAGUUCCUACUCCCCUUUUCACCAAAAAACUCAACAAUACCAUCAAAUCAUUUCCAUCAAGACUACAAGAAAAACUACAGACCUUGAUCCCCCCGCUACCUAACCCGGGGACUUUUUACAUGCUCCCUAAAAUCCACAAACAAGGGAACCCUGGCAGACCUAUCAUAUCCAACCAUGGGACCCCAACUGAGGAAAUAUCAGGUUUCGUUGAAUCAAUCCUAAAACCGCUUGUCACCCACAGAGCAAGUUUUGUCCAAGACGCUACAGAUUUUCUACGGAAACUUAAAAACAUAGACCACCUUCCCAGCAACACCCUCCUGGCCACCAUGGAUGUUACCAGCCUAUACACCAACAUCCCACACCAGGAUGGCAUCCAAACCUGCCGUACAUAUCUACAGGAAAAAGAUUACAACUCAGAAUACAGACCCAAAGAUAUCACUGAGCUUAUACACUUCAUCCUCACACACAACAAUUUCACUUCUGAUAAUCAACACUUCCUCCAGAGGAUGGGAACAGCUAUAGGCACUAAAAUGGCCCCACAGUAUGCCAACCUUUUUAUGAGCCACCUGGAAGAAGACUUCCUCAAGAACUGCACCAUCAAACCCUUGCUAUACUUAAGAUACAUCAAUGACAUCUUCAUCAUUUGGACUGAAAACCUGCAAUCUCUGAUUGAGUUCCACCAGAAAUUCAGCAAUCCCCAUCUCUCCAUCCGACUUUCCCUAGAAUACUCCAGCACCAGCAUCUCCUUUUUAGACACGAUGAUCAGUAUCCAGAAGGGUAAAAUACAGACCACAGUAUACAAGAAACCCACAGACCAACAUACAUAUCUGCACAGAACCAGCAAUCACCCGAAACACACCAAAAAACCUGUGAUAUACAGCCAAGCCCUCAGAUCCCACCGCAUCUGUACUGAAGAGCACACCCGGGAUCGCCACCUCACCAAUCUUAAAAAGGCUUUCACCCAGCAAGGACACUCCUCCAGAGAGAGAGAUCGCACGUUUGAAAGAGCCACUUGGAUACCACGUGAAGAACUGCUGCAGUACAGAAGAAAACCCCCACAAAUCGCACACCACUGGUUAUGACAUAUCACCCCUCCCUCAAACCCGUACGGAAAAUCCUCAAAAAAUUGCAACCCGUACUAGAAAGAGACCCAAUUCUUAAAGAGCUCUUCCCAGAGCCACCCAUCCUAGCCUUUAAACAAGCACCGAACCUCGCCAACCUCAUCACCAGAAGCAAACUUCCUCAAGCCCAGACCACACCAAAAGGAUCCAGACCGUGCCAGGACAAGAAAUGCAAAACCUGCCAACACAUCUCCACCACCCCCACUAUUACUACACCCCACAACAGAGCCAUCAGCACCCCAGGAUCUUACAGCUGCACCUCCAGAAAUGUGAUAUAUCUCAUCCAAUGCACCAAAUGCCCUGAUGGAAAAUACGUGGGGAGACCAAACAACAACUGCGCACCAGAACGAACGCACACCGGACAUCUAUCAAAGACAGAAAUCCCAGAUUAUAAUGCAUCAAAAAUCCAAUGUCUAUGUUUAGUCCAUGAUCUCUAGUAUCCAGGAGGUUGGUGAAAUGGAGCUCAUAGGCUCGUCUCUGGGAAGUGGUGUGUACGUUUCCUUUGAGGAUCAGGACUGCGAGAUUGGAGAGAGAGUCGCUCUCCUGUGAGAAAUGUGCCCCCACCGGUAAUUGCGGAUUUCUGUCUUCGUGUCAUCCCAAAUGGGCCUAGCCUCUCGCUGAACCAACACAGGAAGAGGCGUACAAACAAGGGAAGCUCGGGCAGGCCCCAAGGAGGACUAUACAAGGAUGGCCGCAUUUGCAGGGAACAGACAGGAAAGGCUAAAGUGGCGACCAAACUUAGAUUAGCAACAGAAAUCAAGGACAACCAGAAGUCCUUCUUUAGGUACGUGGGGAACAGGAGGAAAAUAAAUGGGAGUGUGGAGCCAUUGCUCAACAAUACAGGAGAGCUGGUUACCAGCACCCAGGAGCAAGCUGAACUCCUGAAUGACUACUUCGCCUCGGUCUUUCACUGGACCAAGGGGAAAACAGCGCCAGGUGGAGUACAGGAUGAGCACGGCAGGAAUAACUGCCUUCCUACUAUUGCCGUAGAAUUGGCGUGUGAUCAACUAAAAAUAUUAGACAUGGACAGGUCAGUGGGACCAGGUGAUCUUCAUCCAAGAGUGCUGAAGGAGCUGGCCGAAGUCAUUGAGGAACCCUUGGUGAAACUCUUCCACAACUCGUGACGCUCUGGAGAAGUCCCUGAGGAUUGGAAGAGGGCCAAUGCUGUGCCCAUCCACACGAAGGGCAGGAGGGAGGACCCGGGUAACUACAGGCCACUCAAUGACCUUCAGUCAACUGAAAUCUCAGAGGAAUCAGCCUUAUCGCAAACCAAACAUUUGUUCGGACUGUUCCUUAUUAUGCUACUGAUUAUCUAAUGCAGGAAGAAAGAAGAGAAAAAUAAUUUGCAUUUCUCAGCUGUGAGGCCUUUUGUGUAGUGAGAUCAUGAGACAUUUUUGCCACAAGGGUGACCAAUAACAUUGUCCUGGAGAUCACCGGGGAUCCUGCUCCAGAGGACCAGGCGAAUGGGAGCUCUGUCGCCCUUCGGACGUAUGCAGCCACUCGUGGAAGCGUGCAACCCCCAACCGCUACACGAGCUGGGCCUGGGACCCGGGAGUCCAGGGGUGGGAGCUGCGACCUUGGUGCCCAUCGAGGGCAGCCACAGCUGUCUGUGCCCUGGCAUCCCCAUGGGGCCCCUAAUCUGCAUGGGCUUUGCUCAAGCCAGUGGGCACCAGCCCAGUGUGAGUCCUGAC